UGGUGGAACGAGUCGUGUUCAAACGCUGUUGAGUCCAGAAGGAAAGCCCUAAAAAAUUUCACCUCGAUCCCUUCCAAAGAAAAUCUCAUAGAAUUUCAGAGGGCUCGCGACGACUGUUCUAGGAAACUUUCUGAACAAAAAAGAGAAGGUUGGCGUAAGCUUGUGAACAGCUUUAAUGAUAGGACUCCUUCUAAACAAAUAUGGUCCCUAAUUAAUGCUUUAAAGCAUUAUGCUUUAAAAGGAACGCAAGCGCUGGCUCCGGGAUGGCUGGUGAUCUUAGUGGGGCUUCGAGAGAGAUCAUCUCGAAGCUCUGCCCGCCGACUGCUUAUUGCGACAGAUCUAAAUCUUUGGAAACAAUGAAGCUAGACGACCGCCAGAGUUCACACGUCUUUACUUGGCUCGAUGAGCCACUCACCGCUGAAGAAUUCAGAUGCGCUCUGAUCUCGACUCGAAAAAAUUCUGUUCCUGGUCUUGAUCAGAUUAGCUACAAUAUUCAAGACCAUACUCCCACAGCGAAGUUCAAUCACAUCUUUUAAUCACUUUUAACAAAAUUUUCUCUGAAGGUACUUUCCCGAACACCUGGAAAGAUUCUCUAGUGGUGCUUAUCCCCAAGUCCGACUCUAAAGGGGUCAGACCAAUUUCGCUUUUGUCUUGUGCUUGUAAACUUAUGGAGCGCAUCCUGUGUCGCAGAUUGAGCUGGUUCAUCGAGUCCAGACCUAUUCUCCCGCAGACACAAUCGGGAUUUAGACCUUUCAGAGCCUGUUAUGACAACCCGGCUACUUUGAUCACUUCAAUAAAGACUGGCUUUUUGAAACAUUCGAUUACGGUCGCGGUCUUCUUGGACAUCGCAGGUGCGUUUGAUAACGUGGAUCCAUACAUCCUACUGGAGGACUUGAGAGCCAUUGGGGUCCCAGCCCUCUUUAGAAAAUUCAUCGAAAAUCUCAUUUCUAUAAGACACCUUACCUUUGUAAUUGAAGGCGAGCCUCAUGGUCCUUACCCUUAAGGGUACACCUCAGGGUUCUACAUUAAGCCCCUUGUUAUUUAACAUUUACCUUCGAGAUCUUGGACAGCAUCUGCAUCAGGAUACCCAAUUCCUCCAAUAUGCGGAUGAUGUGGUUCUUUUUUCUACGCAUAAGGACCUAAACAAGGCAAUUGAUUCAGUUCAAAAAUCGCUAGAUCAGAUACAUAAUUAUCUUAAAUUUAGAAACCUGGAAAUUUCACCUCCAAAAUCCAAAUGGAUCCUUUUUGAACCAGGCAGGGCCUCUGAGUUGUCAAAGAGUCUUAAAGUUAAUGGAAAUUUAAUUCCUAGAGUACAUUCACAUCGCUUUCUGGGUGUCUUUGUGGACUACAACCUAAACAACACUUAAAAUACUUGAUCGAUAAAGGUAGAAAAAUUUCAGCCAUUGCAUCUGCUCUGUCGAGCGUUACAUGGGGUUCGCACCCGGGGCUUCUUCUCACGAUCUACAGAGCUACCUUCCGCAGCGCAGUGGAGUACGGCGCUCACCUUUUCACCUGGAGCUCAUCGACUCCCGAUUAUAUAAAACUCCGUCGAUUGCAGUAUAAAGUAAUCAGGAAAGCCAUGGGAUAUCGAAUCUCAACACCCAUUAAUAUCCUCCUAGCGGAAGUCAAGGAAUGCGAACUAAGUAUCAGAUUCAACCUUACAGCCUCUAAGACUAUUUAUAAGUGCAUGGCUAAUAAAUUCAGCAUUGUUUAUAAUUCUCUGGAGGAAAUGGAACUCACAGCGGUUAGAAGGAAUAGCAAAGUCAAAGCCAUAAAGGAAUCAAGACUCUUCAAAUCUUAUGUUACUAGUCGUCAUGAAAAAUCCACCGUCUUCAGAUCUACGUACCCGCCGGCAUAUUGGCACUCAUACAAGAUCUUCUCUACCACAGUCAAAUUUUUAUCACAAGUUUUUCGAGUUCAGACAGAACGCCAAGGCCUUCUAUACGGACGGAUCGAAGAGUCCGGAAGGCGCAGUUGGUGCUGCGGUAUACUCGCCGGAGCAUACAAGUUAUUUGAUGAUAAGUGUUGA